AACUAAAUUACCGCAAGUCUUGCUCAGUAGCUGUCACCUGUGGUAUUUCUUUCGGCGUGAAUAGUGAGUUAUAAGAAACUUUCUUCAAAACUGUACCAUUUGAAACUGUGCUAAAAUGACUGGUCGGGCACGAUCUCGAUCAAGAGGCCGAGCACGUGGUCAAGAGACUGCAGCACCUGGAGCGAGCCAGGCUCGAGAGCCUGCACCAGCAGCUGCCCCAGCCACUGAGGGGGAGCUGGUUGGUAGAGGGAGACAGAAAGGUGCUCCAGGACCCUUUUCGGCAGAAGCUGUUAUACAGAUUUCAGCUGGAUUUCAGCAGGUGAAGCUGGGGGAGAGAGGUGGACGCCGCCGGGAUUUUCACGAUGCAGGGAUUAACACCAGGCAGGCUAUGGAGCAUGUUAAGGAAUCGAAGUCUGGAAUAUCCGGUUCUGUUAUUCAGUUAACAGCGAACUUCUUUCGUAUCCUGUCCCGCCCUCAGUGGGUUCUGUAUCAGUACCAUGUGGACUUCAAUCCACCAAUGGAGUCUCGUCGCCUGAGAUCUGCCCUCCUCUUCCAUCAUGAGGAAGUUCUUGGCGCAGCGCGAAGCUUUGAUGGAGCUCUGCUUUUUCUGCCUCACAGAUUGCACAGCAAGGAGACUGUGCUCCACAGCAAAACAAGGAAUGGAGAGAAGGUUCAGAUAACCAUCACCCUGACAAAUGAACUGCCACCCACAUCACCAGUGUGCAUUCAGUUUUACAACAUCAUAUUCAGAAGGAUCUUGAGAAUGCUCAAUAUGCAGCAGAUUGGACGCAACUACUACAACCCCGAUGAUCCACUCAACAUCCCACAGCACAAGCUGACCAUCUGGCCGGGCUACACCACCACCAUCUUGAAGUAUGAGUCUGCCAUCAUGCUGUGUACUGACGUGAGCCACAGGGUGCUGCGCAGUGAGACAGUCCUUGACUUUAUGAUAAACCUGAGGCAACAGUGUGGAGAGCAACGCUUCCCAGAGAUCUGUUCCAAGGAGCUUGUUGGACUCAUAGUCCUCACCAAGUACAACAACAGAACCUACAGGAUCGAUGAUAUUGCAUGGGAUCACACUCCCAACAACACAUUCAAGAGAGGAGACACAGAUAUUUCCUUUAAGAACUACUACAAGACACAAUACGGCCUGGACAUCACUGAUGGGAGCCAGGUGCUGCUGAUAAGCCAUGUGAAGAAGAUGGGUGCUGCUGGAGAACCACCUCCUGGCCCGGCUAUGCUCAUCCCAGAGCUGUGCUACCUCACAGGCUUGACUGACAAGAUGCGAGCUGACUUCAACAUCAUGAGGGACUUGAGCGGCCACACCAGAUUGACCCCAGAGCAGAGGGAGGGACGCCUCAACAGAUUUGUCACUAACAUACGGAAGAAUGCUGAAGCACAGGCGGAGUUGGAUAAGUGGGGACUCAACUUUGAUGAGAAACUCCUAAAUUUCACUGGCAGAGUUCUCCCAGGGGAAAAGAUUUUCCAGGGACCAAGAUCGUAUGAUUACAACCCCAUGUCAGCUGACUGGUCCAGAGAGAUGCGUGGGGUUCCUCUGAUCAGCUCAUAUCCCCUGACUAACUGGCUCAUGUUUCACACCCGUCGUAACGGCAACGAAGCCCAGUCCCUCCUGCAGACUCUCAACAAAGUCUCAGGUCCACUUGGGAUACGCAUACAGAGAGCUGUCAUGAUCGAGUAUGAGGAUCACCAGGAAUCUCUCCUCAGAGCCCUGCAGCACAAUGUUGGACCCCAAACACAGAUGGUGGUGGUGGUCCUCCCCAACAACAGAAAGGACAAGUACGACAGUGUCAAGAAGUACCUUUGUGUGGACUGCCCCACUCCCAGCCAGUGUGUGAUUUCCCGUACCCUCAGCCGACCCCAGGCACUAAUGACUGUGGCUACAAAGAUUGCACUGCAGAUGGCUUGCAAGAUGGGAGGAGAACUGUGGAGUGUGGAGAUCCCUCUCAAACAGCUGAUGAUUGUGGGCAUUGACUGCUACCAUGACAGUGCUGCAGGGAAAAGGUCCAUUGGCGCUCUAGUGGCCAGCCUCAACCAGAGCAUGAGCAGGUGGUUCUCAAGGUGUGUACUGCAGCACAGAGGCCAGGAAAUCAUGGACGGACUAAAGAAGGCUUUAAGUGCUGCACUGAAAGACUAUCUGAAGAUAAACGGCUGCCUGCCUUCGCGCAUCAUUGUGUACCGAGAUGGAGUGGGAGACGGCCAGCUGCACAGCGUGGUCAACUAUGAGGUUUCACAGAUCAUGGACUCCAUCAAGUCCAUGGGGGAAGACUACUCGCCCAAGCUGAGUGUGGUGGUGGUGAAGAAGCGCAUCAGCAGCAGAUUCUUCGCACACAUGCAAGGCAAGGUGACCAACCCUCCCCCAGGAACCGUCGUUGACUCGGAAGUCACCCGUCCAGAGUGGUAUGACUUCUUCAUCGUGAGCCAGGCUGUCCGCAGUGGAAGUGUCUCCCCAACCCACUACAAUGUUGUGUACGACACCAGUGGAUUGAAGCCUGAUCACAUGCAGCGGCUUACCUACAAGCUGUGCCACAUGUACUACAACUGGCAGGGGAUCAUCAGAGUACCUGCUCCCUGCCAGUACGCCCACAAGUUGGCUUUCCUUGUGGGUCAGAGCAUCCACAAGGAGCCCAAUAUCAAACUAGACGACUUCCUCUACUACCUAUAAGGAUGAAAAGACAUGCGAUUUGUUUGGCUCUGACUUACAAACUGUAUGUUAACUCGUUAUACUCGUUAAAAGUUCUCUUAAGUUUUAAAUUAAGUUUUGAUGAUGCCAAGAGUGACUUUGCAUUUCUGGCAUCAGAUUGAGACAUGUAGCCUUGUGUGUUGAGUUAGGCAGUUUAAGAGGUUUAUAUUGCAUAUUGGAGUUUAAUGAAAAGACAAACUCACUUUUUCAGAGGUCAAAUACAAGCGCACAUGAUAAAAUAUCAAUAUGCACCCUGACUAUUGUUGGAAAUGCACUUAAAGUUUGAAAGGUCAUGUGGGUGAAGAUGUUGAGAGUUUGUGAAUUCACAUAUAUAAAAGACUACAUGUUUUUCAUGCUCCCCCCCCUCCCCCUGUUGUUUUGAGAUGGCUCAUUAAACAUUUCUUUGAGCAGUA